UUCCUUCUACUCCUCGCUCAAGAGUUAAUUUCCAUUUAUUUCAAUCCAAUGGGCAACUCCGAUUACGUGUAUCCAUCGGCGGCGACGGAGGGCGGCGGCGAAUGCUUACACAGGGCGGCGAUUCCACCGCCGCAGCCGUUCGUUAAGUCGCUGAAGAACUCUUUAAAGGAGACAUUCUUCCCGGACGACCCACUACGGCAGUUCAAAAACCAACCGGCGGCGAGGAAAGUGCUGUUGGUUUUACAGUACUUUUUCCCGGUGUUGGAGUGGGGACCACGUUAUCGUUUAGCGCUACUGAAAUCGGAUCUUAUCUCCGGUAUCACCAUUGCUAGUCUCGCCAUUCCUCAGGGGAUUAGCUAUGCCAAGUUGGCUAAUUUACCCCCCAUCCUCGGCCUUUAUUCCAGUUUUAUUCCGCCGCUGAUUUACGCAAUGAUGGGAAGCUCGAAGGACUUGGCCGUCGGAACCGUGGCGGUGGCGUCGCUUCUCAUUAGCGCGAUGUUAGGGGCAGAGGUUAGCCCCGCUCAAAACCCAACUCUUUACCUCCAUCUCGCGUUCACCGCCACGUUCUUCGCCGGAGUCUUUCAAGCCUCGUUAGGCCUGUUAAGACUAGGAUUCAUCGUGGAUUUCCUAUCACAUGCCACCAUAGUUGGGUUCAUGGCGGGUGCAGCUACAGUGGUGUGUUUACAACAGCUGAAAGGCAUCCUUGGGCUAACCCAUUUCACUCACGCGACUGAUCUCGUCUCGGUUCUCCGCUCUGUUUUUAGUCAAGUCGAUCAGUGGAGAUGGGAAAGUGGAGUAUUGGGAUGUUGUUUUCUCUUCUUCCUGCUCGUCACCAGAUAUUUUAGCAAGAAAAAGCCGAAGUUGUUUUGGAUAUCGGCAAUGGCACCUUUGACGUCGGUGAUUUUGGGAAGCCUUCUAGUGUUUCUCACUCAUGCGGAAAAACACGGCGUUGAAGUGAUCGGUGAAUUGAAGAAAGGGCUAAAUCCAGUGUCGAUUACGGAUUUAGUGAUGGUGUCGCCUCAUCUUUCCAUCGCUAUUAAAACCGGCAUCAUCACGGGUGUCAUUGCUCUCGCGGAAGGAAUAGCAGUUGGAAGAAGCUUUGCGAUGUUCAAGCAUUACAACAUCGAUGGCAACAAGGAAAUGGUAGCCAUUGGCACCAUGAACAUGGUCGGCUCUUGCUUCUCUUGCUAUCUCACCACUGGCCCGUUUUCCCGAUCGGCCGUGAAUUUCAAUGCAGGAUGCAAAACCGCGGUUUCCAACGUGGUAAUGGCCAUGGCUGUGAUGUUGACGCUGCUGUUUUUGACUCCUCUGUUUCAUUACACACCUCUGGUCGUGCUUUCUUCCAUUAUCAUUUCCGCCAUGCUUGGUCUCAUCGAUUACGACGCCGCUAUUCACUUGUGGAAAGUCGAUAAGUUCGAUUUCCUUGUCUGUAUUGGUGCUUAUGCUGGUGUCGUCUUUGCCAGUGUUGAAAUUGGCUUGGUCAUUGCGGUGGCUAUAUCGCUGCUCAGACUACUUUUGUUCGUCGCAAGGCCGAGGACGCUUGUGCUCGGAAACCUUCCUAAUUCCACUGUUUACAGGAAUGUCGAGCAAUACCCGAAUGCUGGGAAUGUUCCCGGCAUUCUCAUACUUGAGAUCGACGCUCCCAUUUACUUUGCUAAUUCCAGCUACUUGAGAGAAAGGAUUAUAAGGUGGGUUGAUGAAGAGGAAGACAGGAUUAAGGCUUCAGGAGAUAGUACCUUACAAUAUGUCGUAUUAGACAUGAGUGCUGUUGGAAACAUUGAUACGAGUGGAAUAAGCAUGUUUGAAGAGAUCAAGAAGAUUUUAGACAGAAGGGGGUUGAAGAUAGUUUUGGCGAACCCGGGAGCUGAGGUGAUGAAGAAGCUGGACAAGGGGAAGUUCAUUGAGAGCCUGGGACACGAAUGGAUCUAUCUUACGGUGGCUGAAGCUGUAGCAGCCUGCAACUAUAUGCUUCACUCUUGCAAACCAAACCCUGAAACUGAUGAGAAAACAGAAGCAUGGAACAGUGUGUAAGACAUGGAAUCUUUUAACUUACAAGGAAAGCAAGCAGACCAUGGAACAACCUCUGUGAAGUCUCAAGCUGAAGAAGUUAACCUCCGGGGUAAUUUUUAUCCCCCUCUGGAUAGUAGUACACUUACUGGUCAAGAUAGUAUCAUAUAUAUCUAUAUAUCUCUAUAUAUAUCUAUAUAUGUAUGUGGGAUUUGUAUUGAAAAGGGGAGGGAGAGAUGAUAUGGUUGUGAGGAAAUGCUUGUAAUGUUAUCCCGUGUUUUCUCAAUCGAAUUAGUAAUUGUAAAGUUUUAGCUCGAAA